AGGAUGCACCUGUCCAACUGAACUGUCUGAGAAAAGCCAUUUUGUUGUGCUAGCUAGCUAUGUGGGUAAAGAAAGCCACUAAUAAUAUGGGUCUGUUAUAUCAACGCUAACUAUGUCGCUUUUAUGUGUUUGCUUACUGCUGCAAAAUACAAAAACUAAAUAGUUGUUAAAACAUCCAAGUAGUGUAGACCGGCAUGGAUUAGCAUGAGAAGCUAAAGCUAACUAAAGUGUUGUGGAGAAAAAAAAUGGUAGCUAAAGUGUGCUGCAGUUUGUGUUAGCUUGCUAUCUGUUUACUCAGCUGGCGGUUGUUAUGUUUUUGGAGUAAUCAAACUAAGGUUAGUUAUGAGUUUGUAGAUGUGUUUUAAUUACUUUGCGACUGUGCAUGCGGUCAGCCAAAGACAACUGGUUCAACAAAGAGGCGGUGUAGCUGACAGUAAAUAAACAAGGCGACUGAACAAUCCUACACUAACUUAGCAAAACACUUGAACCAUACAGCGUUAAGCCAAAGCGCUAAUCUGAUAAUGGCAGAGGACACCCGACAGGACAAGAGAGCCAGCUUCUCUGCUAUAACGGAGCACAACACCAACGGGAUGGCCAGGACCUCCGCCGUGGCCUCCAGCAAAACUGGAGCUUCAAAGAAAUUAGUGAUCAAAAAUUUCAAAGACCGACCUAAACUAGCCGAGAACUACACUGAGGACACAUGGUUGAAGCUAAGAGAUGCAGUGGGUGCCAUCCAAAACAGUACAUCCAUCAAGUACAAUCUGGAGGAGCUCUAUCAGGCGGUGGAGAACCUCUGUUCUUACAAAGUCUCCCCUACGCUGUACAAGCAGCUCCGGCAGGUCUGUGAAGAUCAUGUGCAGGCCCAGAUCCACCAAUUUAGAGAAGAGUCUCUGGACAACCUUUCCUUCCUGAAGAGAAUGAAUCGCUGCUGGCAGGACCACUGCAGGCAAACUAUAAUGAUCCGAAGUAUCUUUCUCUUCCUGGAUCGUACCUACGUGCUUCAGAACUCCCUCCUCCCCUCCAUCUGGGAUACCGGGCUGGAACUGUUUCGCAUCCACAUCGUAAGUGACAGUGCCGUUCAGAAGCGCACUGUGGACGGCAUUUUGGAGCAGAUCGAGCUAGAGCGAAAUGGAGAAACAAUAGACCGCAGUCUGCUCAGGAGUCUACUGGGCAUGCUGUCAGACCUUCAGGUAUACAAAGAUUCCUUUGAGGAGAGAUUUCUGAUUGAGACCAAUCGCUUGUAUGCAGCCGAGGGACAGCGGCUGAUGCAGGAGAGAGAUGUGCCUGAGUAUCUGCACCAUGUGGCUCGUCGUUUAGAAGAGGAGAACGAUCGUAUUGUGAGCUACCUCGACCAGAGCACUCAGAAACCCCUCAUUAGUUGUGUUGAAAAGCAACUUUUAGGAGAACACAUGACUGCAAUACUACAGAAAGGUCUGAGCACCCUGCUGGAUGAGAAUCGAGUGACUGAGCUGGCACUCUUGUACCAGCUUUUUAGCAAGGUGAAGGGAGGACUUCCCACACUGCUGCAGUUCUGGAGAGAUUACAUUAAGUCCUUCGGUGGAGAGAUUGUCUGUACUCCAGAGAAAGACAAGGACAUGGUACAAGAACUGCUGGACUUUAAGGACAAGAUGGACAACGUGGCACAGAGCUGUUUUACAAGAAAUGAGGGAUUCAUCAAUGCCAUGAAGGAAGCGUUUGAGACAUUUAUUAACAAGAGGCCCAACAAACCUGCUGAACUGAUAGCUAAAUAUGUGGAUUCUAAGUUAAGAGCAGGGAACAAGGAGGCUACAGAGGAGGAGCUGGAGCGAAUCCUGGACAAGAUAAUGAUCAUCUUUAGAUUCAUUCAUGGGAAGGACGUGUUUGAAGCUUUUUAUAAGAAGGACUUGGCCAAACGUCUGCUGGUCGGCAAGAGUGCGUCUGUUGAUGCUGAGAAGUCCAUGCUUUCCAAGCUCAAACAUGAAUGUGGAGCAGCAUUUACCAGCAAGCUAGAGGGGAUGUUCAAGGACAUGGAGCUGUCCAAAGACAUAAUGAUCCAGUUCAAACAGUAUAUGCAGAACCAGAGCGAGCCAAGCAACAUUGAACUUACUGUCAACAUCCUAACCAUGGGCUACUGGCCUUCAUACACACCUAUGGAGGUCCACCUUCCCCCAGAGAUGGUUAAACUUCAGGAGGUGUUCAAGCUGUUCUACCUGGGGAAGCACAGUGGGAGGAAGCUGCAGUGGCAGCCCACACUGGGCCACGCUGUGUUAAAGGCAGAGUUUAAAGAGGGUAAGAAGGAGCUGCAAGUCUCUCUGUUCCAGACACUGGUGCUGCUGAUGUUUAAUGAGGGUGAAGAAUUCAGCAUGGAGGAGAUUCGUACUGCCACCGGCAUAGAGGAGGGAGAGCUCAGACGUACGCUGCAGUCUCUGGCCUGUGGAAAAGCCCGUGUCCUCAACAAGAACCCACGGGGCAAAGACGUGGAAGAUGGAGAUCGUUUCAAUUUCAACAAUGACUUUAAACACAAACUGUUUCGCAUCAAGAUCAACCAGAUCCAAAUGAAGGAAACGGUGGAAGAGCAGGUGAGCACCACUGAGCGUGUAUUUCAAGACAGGCAGUAUCAAAUUGAUGCAGCUGUGGUUCGCAUCAUGAAGAUGAGGAAGACCCUCAGUCACAACCUUUUGGUAUCAGAGCUCUACAACCAGCUGAAGUUCCCUGUCAAGCCAGGGGAUCUGAAGAAGCGCAUAGAGUCCCUCAUAGACAGAGACUACAUGGAGCGUGACAAGGAGACUCCUAACCAGUACCACUAUGUUGCCUGAAGGGGAACCACUGUUACGGCCAAGCUUUCCUCACAGCAAGCGUACAGCGAAUCCCCCUCUCCCCCCCCUAAAAAAAACAGCAUCACAUCCCUUUAGCCUCCUGACUCUCCUCUGGUGCUCAUCUUUUCCUCCAUCCACGAUGCUGGAUGCAGCGUCCGGAUCACUCAGAGCUCCAGUGAGACAAGAGAGACAAACUUGGCUAGACAGGUCCCACUCUGCAUUAUCUUUAGUGGGAGGGGGCUGGAGUGGAGGAGUGACCUGGGUUUUUGAUGGUUGGUUUAUGUGACUUACAAAUCUGCUCAUGCAAAACUCAACUGAAAAUAACUUAGCACUUUCCUCUAAUCAGUUUAUUUUUUUCCUUUCUCUCUGGGAUCGGGAUUUUUUUCUCCAUCAAGUUCUAAAAUCACUUAUUUUCUACUAUAGUUGGUUUGUCUUGAGUUUAAAGUUUUAUUUGUUUUAUUUUAUUUCUUGAACAGGGCGUAUCCUUGUGAAUGGCUUCAUUGCUAAGUGUUCAGCUGAUUGGUUGUUUGCUUAAUUUGGCAGAGUAACAGCUGGUGAGGACAUAAAAAGACUUGAGAAAAGACUUGAGAGGGAUGAAGUGGGGUUUUGGUCGGAUUUGUGUGGGUCGGGGGGAGGGAUCAUUGCUUGUAACAGAGGAUGAUUGACACGCAGGUAAGCCACUUGGGUAUUUCUUUGGGUACCUUAUAUGUUUUGACCAAAAUGUCCAAAUGUCCAAUGUCAUGUGCUGACUUUUUUGUAGGUCAGAUUGUAUCAAUGUAAGAGUGAGAAAAGUGAACCUGAAUAAAUGGAUAUUUAAUGA